AUGCAUGUAUUAUCUGGCAGGCGUCGUUCAGUUUCGACUGCGACGGCUUCUGAUAACGGCGCGAGCAAAGCAACUGAGAGCUCGCCCAGGAGAGCUUCCUUCUCGCUUGAAAAUAGUCGCGAUCACGGCGCUUCUGGAAGAAACAUGUUGCGUAAUCUUUUCCAGAGACAUGGCGCUGCACCAGUAACGGAAGAUGUGUUGGCAACGGAAGUACCUCAAGCGUCAACCGAGAAGCACGGAAAUGACAAAUCUACCACGGCUUCGAAUGCCCAGUUAGUAAAGAAUCGGGGUCGACAAAAUCACAACUCCUCGGGUUCUUCUGGAACCAAAAGUACACAUCAUCCAGACGAGCACGGCGAAGGAAAGGAUGCGUCAAAUUCUACGUCUGACACUCUUGCUAGAUCUCACAAGGGCCGUGCUCACGGAACACCUUCGUGCGAGACUCAUCUCACCAGAGAUGAUAUCCAUGCCAUAUUUUCCGGGGCACCAUUCUUCCUUCUAGAAAAGGGCAAGCAUGGUCUCUGGUAUCCACAAGUAAUAUUCCCAUGGGAUGACCACGACCCUACGAUUCAGCAUCUAUGGGACAGAAAGCUUCUUCCUCAUCCAUCAUAUACCCUAUGCACUCUUCAUGCCCAUCUCCCCGUCCCCGAAGGAUGGAUGCUUGAAGGUGACGCUCCCGUCCACUUAGACAGUUGGAAGAGAACCGGUGCACCAAAGAGAGCUACAUUCGAUAUUGGUAUAUUCGAAGUCCCAAACAUGCUUGCUAUGAGCGGGAAAGAGCCGGGAACUGUUGGCUUUCGCCAUUUUCUGGAGCUUCCAGUGGCCGAUUCCGUUCGGUUUGUUCCCACCGGAAAGGCCCGACUCCAUGCUAAUUUACUGCACCUUCCUACCCUACCAGCCGCUGAGGCUGACGAGCUUCUGGAGCAUUACCAUGAGCCCUACUCGCUGUGUCUCGACGGUACUAUCCAUGAACGAAAGAUGCUUCUUGGCGAUGGCCCUUCCGCUUGGAAAAAGAUUGGUCUGCGGGAUAUCAACUUUAAAACCUUGGUCGACCGUCUUCAGACCUUGAGAAACCUCCGUCACGAGUUACUGUAUGAGAACACGCAGAAAACGAUACUCGAUGUGGAAAGUGCACAUGCGCGCCACAGCGAUUUAUUUACCAAGUUUCUUCAUCCGCCACCCCGAUUCGUGCUCACGGAUCUUGAUACUCGCCACGGCCUCAAGGCUGAGAUCAAAGCGUUGACCACGGUUUUAGCCACACCCGGGGCAUGGUUCGACUUCAGUCUCGUCGAGUGGCGUUUCCGCAUCGGCCAGCUUCUUUGGGAAGCUCGUCCCCAUGUGGACGCUGACUUCUUUGAUCCAAGUACCAUUCAGAAACCCUGGGUUCAUCCGACUUUGGAACAGAAAUGGUUUCUGAUCCAGAUGCUCCUCGCCGCGGAGCUACUUCUUCGCCUGGACGCUAUUGUCAAAGUUGGGCUGGUUGAGACCUCUAAGGAUGUCAAUGUCUCUGCUCGAGAUGUGGAUCAUUUCGAUAAGCUGCGCAAUCCUAAAGUUGACUGGGACUUGGUGGUGUUGCGCCGCUUCUUCGACAGUUUCAAAAUAUCCUGGGGCGACUGCCAAUCCGGCGCAGUGUCGAAUGCUCCGUCGCAGCCGUCAAGCCAAGAGAAGCCGAUCCAAAAGUCUCAUCACUUUUCAUUCUUUGAAAGCCUAGCACGCAGGCAUUCUGUGUCGCCUUCCCCACACUCCGAGGUCCCUGGGAUAUUCGAACUUACACCCACUCAUGUCGAACAGCAAGUUGAAGGGCUUUUGGUGUUUGCCGAAAACAUCUGUUGGCCUCGUGUUGAUUCGCUCAGAGAGAAUUUCGAAUCGAGAUUACAGGCCGGAGAUUUAGAUCAAAAGAUCACGAACAUGUUUAACCGCCCUGCGUGUAAUGCAUCAAUGGAGGACCCUGCGGGAGGAACCACCAAAGACGACAUGUUCAAACGACGCUCUACUCGCCUGCUAGUAGCCCUCAGCUGUCCUUCCAGCGACCCUCCUAACUCAACGAUGGGUGGUUGGAUCACGCGAUGCUGGCUUUCUGGCUUUGUGAUUCCGGGCAAAGCGAUCAACCACCUGCUCAUGGCUACAAUACUAGAGAAUGAUCAGGAAGCCGUUGCAAGACUCGGACCGGUGGCCAAUCUAUAUGGAGGAUUUGCUCACAGUGGAAAAAGUUGGUGGAGUCAAGAAUGCAUUGUUGGCCGAGUACUUUCCGCCCUGAAUGGAACCAAGGCUUGUAUGGGUUGGAUCAGCAGCACGAACAUUCCCAAAGAAUAUCAAACCCAGGAGCCCCUCGACGAUACCUGGUUUGAGGUUAUUGUCAGUGACCCGCCCACUGGUCUGGGGAAACCACGUAUCAAACAAGGAAACAAGAUCUCCGUAGAGUCGACACCGCUGGGACUGGGAUCGUUGACCAGUGACGAGUUUACUUUGCCGGUGGACGAUUUACCUGAUGCUAAGUCACCAGUGGAUGUCAAUUUCAACGCUUUGACCUUUUCUACGAAGGAAAGCCGGCGAAGUAAACACCAGCAUGCAAUGGUGGCCCGCAAGGCAACCAUGUCUUUCUCACUGAGCUCGGGCUCCAGCACACCCACAGCCGAUGUUUCCUUCCCAUUAACAUAUAACGUCAAUUUUGUCACGUCGCAUGCGUGCCGUUUGCCUUCAGGGUUAGCGUCAUACCAGCACAAGUCGUCACUUGAUAGCGAAGACGACAAAGGCGAUAGAUCGCGGUCACUUUCUCCCGCCGAGGCCUUCUCUCGAAAGCACGGACGGCUUCCAGGCCACCCACUGCCUAGCUCAUACAGGUACAAAUAUCUUGCACUGGAUGCCUUGCCAGGUCCCGAGGAAUCAACGAUAGGGAAGGUUUUUGAGCAUGCAGGCUUUGAUCUGACGGUUGACGAGGUGUUCAUUGUCGAUGCUCGCCGAUCUGCGGAUAAAGAAGCGUUGGCAAGAUCAUGGUGUGCUUCGGUUGGCUACGAUGCCAUCAUCGGUAGAACUGGGCGGACAUGUCUCGGGUGCUGCAUUAGAGAAGCUCGAGCUCUGGCGGUCAAAGUGGUCGUUCGCGUGGGUGAUUAG